AUGGCAUCACACACUAACCAACCGGCCAACAUCCCGCCGCAACUAUCAGAUCUACACUGUUUCACAGAGACCGACGGAGUUAUCACAACCACCAUGUUCGACAUCCCCGGGUACCGAGUAGUCAAAGUCCUCGGUGCCGUAUACGGCCUAACAGUCCGCUCUCGCAACUGGGCCGCCAGUAUGGGAAUGGUGAUUAAGAGCAUCGCAGGUGGAGAGCUUCAAUGGUUCACAAACAUGCUCUAUUCGGCAAGGAACGAUGCUAUUAGUCGCGUGGUAGCUGAGACAAAGGCGCGGGGCGGAAAUGCCAUCAUAACCCUCCGCUUUGAAUCCGGAGAUAUGGGUGGAUUUGCUCAAUGCUCUGCCUACGGUACCGCUGCUAUCGUCGAGAAAAUCGAUCCUACCACACAGGCGGCCCCUCAGCUUUCCAACUGA